AUGGGGUUCCGCAAGGCCGGAGGCGCGGGGACACUCGCCUUCUUGGUGAGCUUGUUCCUGAACCUCCUGGCCGAAGAGCACGAUAUCGCCUUUAACGACACGUUGUCACUAGAAGCAGCUUUAGCAGAGCCCAUCGUGAGGCUCGUGAACUCGGGUGAAAAUUUGACAGAACCUAAAGAAGUAGAAUUUGGAGAAUGCACGGUUACAUGUGGUAUUGGCAUUCGAGAAGUUAUAUUAACCAAUGGAUGUCCUGGAGGUGAAACAAAGUGUAUUGUUCGUGUUGAAGAAUGUAGAGGACCGGCAGAUUGUGGAUGGGGCAAGCCUAUUUCUGAAAGUCUUGUUAGCGUGAAGAUACCUUGUAUAUUUGUACCUCCAGAAAAUCGGUUUCAAUACAUUUGGAAAAUGUUGAUUCCAGACCAACAAUCACUCAUUAUUCCUAAUGAUUCAGCUAUUUUGGAAGUACACAGAGAUAGUCACCCCGUUGCAUUUGAGUGUGAUACAAUAGAAAAUGAUGAAUUGAUUGCAUCUGUAAAAUAUACGGUGUACACCACAGCUGAACUGGAAACAAGACGGUUGAGGAAGCCGAGUACAGAUAUCGUAUUGGUGUUUGUCCUCAUAACUGGAGUUAUAGUUUGCGUUGGAGUUAUCUUUGCAAUAAUCUUCAUCGUUCUUAAUUGGGCUGCUGUGAAAACUUUUUGGCAGACAAAAGUUUGGAAAAACAAGGAUGAAUUAGGUUCGGUGAGAACAUCGUUGGGGCCGGCAACCACAAUAGAAGCAUCUCAGAUGUCACACAUGGGUGGCAGUGUACAGGAACAGGGUUCCUAUCAGGAAUGGAAUCUUUAA